AUGACACGCGAUUUACAAGUUUGGUUCCAAAACCGGCGAGCGAAGUGGAAAAAACGUAAGAAGAGCACCAAUGUGUUUAGAUCCCCUGGGUCCCUGCUCCCUUCCCACGGUCUUCCCCCGUUUGGGGCUGGAGACGUUUGCUCACCCGGAGUUUUCGCGGACCGGGCCUGGAGUAUGCCACCUGGUCUAGGUCAGCUUUCACAGGGCGGCGUAUCGAUGGGCGGGUUCGGUUCGGGCGGUCUGCCCCAGCUGGCGGCGGAUCUUAACCCCAUCAACUCCGUAGGCUCACAGCCCUAUCAGACACACUAUCCGUUAAAUUCACUGGGUGACACAAUGAUGUCGUACUGCAACAACAUCAACCAGCAAAGCGCUCUGGAAGGCUCCCCUACACCGCCACAGCCACACUGUGGGUCUAGCGGCUCGCCCGCAGCUUCCGGUAAUGGCGGUGAACAUCCGGAAGAGGAAGUAUGGCGCGGUCACAGCAUCGCCGCCCUACGCCGACGCGCCUCGGAACUUUCUGCUGCUAUCCCGCCCUAUCUCCAACUCAACUAUGACGCGCAUAGCCCUGUCUACUAA